AUGAAUGGACGGCCCGUCUACGAGAGGACUCUCUCCGAGUCCGAGUUGCUCGAUCAACUCCCGAAUGAACUCUCUAAUCUCAUUCAGUCUUUAUCCGGGAUUCAACAGCUCCACGCGCUUGCGAUUGGCGCAUUAGACACAAAAUUCACAGAAAGUGUCUUCCGACUAUACGAACCAAUCGUGGUUGAUCUGGCUGCUCGAUGGCUUCGAUCCGAUAUUCAAGCAGACCCAAUUCAUAUCCUGGCCGCAUUCGCCCGUGUCCUUCCAUUUGCUCCAUACCUCCGAUCCUUCGCCGGUGAAUUUGCUUUGUCAAAGGCUGGAUCUCUGUCAGCGUUGGUCAGCUCGAAAGAACUUACAUUACGACAACUGGAAACGAGUAGUGUUAGGACGCUCCUUCUUGCGCUUUUCCGCCUUCUAUCAUUUGAUUUGGAGACAUUUUCCAAAGCCGUAUCGCCGAUCCAGCUCCAAUCUCUGUUUCCCCACGAAGAUCCCAUUAUUCGAUACCUUGCGAUACGAUGCUUUGCCCUUUAUAUGCAUGCAGCCGAUGCUGCCACCGAAAAUAUGUUGCGUGUAAAUACCGGAACCGAGCCUAUUGAGGGGACAUGGGAAGAAAUCACAAUCGACUAUCGUCUUCUGGGUCUAUGGGAAGAGCGCAGAUGGGCGGUUCUUGGGAAACAGAUUCAAAUUACUCGACAGCAACGACCAGAAGCUGAUGCUAUCAAAUUGGUAGAGCGAUUGCGAGACUUUUUCACUCCACGAUCCGCUGAUGUGUCUGGUGUUUUGAUUCCACGAUUGAAGGAUGCGCCCUUGGCAAAGGCUUCUUCUUUCAUUGUCAAGACUAAAACAACUACCCAGAACUUGCGUCGAAUUGGCGAGUCAUUGUUGGGAUUCAAGCCUAUCCUGCUGAUUGGUCUGCCAAAUUCCGGAAAAACUUCGUUGAUCAAUGAUAUUGCGUCCACCAUGGGCCAGGCGGAAUCAAUGGUGACACUUCAUCUCAACGAGCAAACGGAUGCCAAGAGUCUUCUUGGAAUGUAUGCCACUUCUUCAGCUACAGGGUCAUUCUCCUGGCAGCCGGGUGUCUUAACAAAAGCCGCCAGAGAAGGUCGCUGGGUUUUGAUUGAAGACCUUAAUCGUGCUCCAUCUGAAGUGCUUGGCCUCAUAUUGCCUAUCAUUGAAAGAGGCGAGUUGACUAUUGCUAGUAGAAGAGAGCGCAUCAAGUGCGCCGAGGGCUUCAAGAUCAUUGCCACUAUGAAGUCAUCUUACAAUAUUGCAGGAGAAGAGAUUGCACCGAGCUCUUCUAUGCUAGGCAGCCGAUUAUGGCAGAGAGUGCCUGUUUCUUCUCUUCAAAUCGACGAGAUGCGAGACGUCAUUCUACAAAAACACCCUCUCUUGGAGUCCAGGGUACCUGUCAUUAUGGAUGUUUAUGGAAAGGUGUGCUCUGCAUUCCAUGGAAGCUUAGCCAUCAAGGGCUCGCAGGGACGUACUCCUGGUUUCCGUGAUCUGAUUAAGCUCUGCAGUCGUCUGCACCGGCGGCUACAACGCAUGGGUGCUAAAACUGGCUACGAACCGACAUCAGAAGCCAUUGACGAUGAAAUUUUGCUUGACAUCGUCGACAUCUUUCUAAAGUAUCUGCCAGAGAAGUCUAUGCAGAGUUCUCUCGCUUCUGUGGUUGCCGAGGCGCUGCAAAUCUCACCCCAACGCGCACAAUUUUGCCUUAAUGAAAGAACUCCAAAUUACACCGACAAGAACAAUAGUCUGACCCUUGGUCGAGAAGUCUGUCAGAAGAUCAAGGUACCCAGUGGUUCGGCCUUGAAGUUCGCAGCAGCAGGCUCGCGCUUUGCUUCGACAAGGUCAGCUUUGACAAUCAUGGAGCAAGUGGCCGCUUCAAUCCAAAUGGCGGAGCCAGUUCUACUUGUUGGAGAGACUGGUAUUGGAAAGACAACCGUUAUUCAGCAGCUUGCUACUUUGAUGCGCCAAAAGCUCACUGUAGUCAAUUUGUCACAGCAAAGUGAGAGUACUGACCUUUUGGGAGGAUUUAAACCUGUUAGCAUUCGCACAAUGGCUAUUCCAAUGCUGGAUGAGUUCAACCAGCUCUUUGAACUGACAUUCUCUGCGAAGAAGAAUCAAAAAUUUUUGUCUUCUGUCUCGAAGAGUGUUGCCGCUGCAAACUGGGUGCGUUUGGUUAAUUUAUGGCAUGAGGCUGUACGAUUAUCCAAUGGAGUAUUCAAGCCUACUGAUAUCCCCAAAGAAUCCGAGAAGAGUGAUGAACAGCCUGCCAAGAAGCGCAAACUAGAUUCGCCCAAGUAUCAGCAACUGCGGCAACGAUGGGAGAGUUUCGAAUCACAACUUGCUGACUUUGAAGCUCAAGUUUCGCAAGGCGAUGCUAAGUUUGCAUUUGCAUUCGUUCAAGGCAAGAUCGUCAGAGCGCUUCGUAAUGGCGAAUGGGUCCUUUUGGAUGAAGUCAAUCUGGCAUCACCAGACACCCUCGAAAAUGUUGCUAGUCUCCUCCAUCAUGGCAGCGAAGGGACGCCCUCCGUCCUAUUGUCUGAAGCUGGUGACGUUGAGAGAGUCUUUGGCCACCCCGACUUUCGCAUUUUUGGCGCAAUGAAUCCAGCAACAGAUGCCGGUAAAAGGGAUUUGCCUCCUGGCUUGCGCUCGCGAUUCACCGAAUUCUACGUGCACUCCCCGGAUACCGACUUGGAUGAUCUCCUCGCUUUGAUCCAGAAGUACCUCGGUGACUUGAUUAUUCGUGAUCCUCGGGCUGCACCGGACCUUGCACAAUUGUACAUGGUGACCAAGAAGCUCAGCAAUGACAACAAACUUACCGAUGGCGCCGGACAGCGACCGCAUUUCAGCAUUCGAACUCUUGUUCGGGCCCUCAUAUACGUCAAUGACCAUGCGCACGUGUACGGCCUGCGUCGAGCAAUUUUCGAAGGAUUCAAUAUGAGUUUUUUGACGGUCCUUAGCUUAGAGUCUGAACGAUCUUUGAUUCCUCUUCUUGAAACGCACAUAUUCAGCAAUGCGAAGAACGCACGGUCACUCCUUGGCCAGACCCCCCAACCGCCUGUAGACGGCAAUGACUACGUUCAAUUCAAACACUACUGGAUGCGCCGUGGACCUUUGACCCCCGAAGAGCAGCCCCAUUACAUCAUUACUCCAUUUAUCGAGAAGAACCUCAAAAAUUUGGUGAGAGCCAGCUCGACUCGUCGUUUCCCCGUCUUACUGCAGGGUCCUACAUCUGCAGGAAAGACAAGUUUGAUUGAAUAUCUUGCGAAGGUCUCUGGGAACAAAUUCGUUCGUAUCAACAACCACGAGCAUACGGAUUUACAAGAGUAUCUCGGAUCAUAUGUUUCUUCUGAUGAUGGUAGCUUGCGUUACCAAGAAGGUGUGUUGGUUGAGGCGCUGAGAAAUGGAUAUUGGAUCGUUCUUGAUGAGUUGAAUUUGGCACCCUCCGAUGUCCUCGAGGCCUUGAAUCGACUUCUGGACGACAACCGCGAACUUUUCAUCCCUGAAACACAAGAAGUCGUGCACCCACAUCCCAAUUUCAUGCUUUUUGCGACGCAAAAUCCUGCUGGUCUUUAUGGUGGCCGAAAGGUUCUUUCUCGUGCGUUCAGAAAUCGUUUCCUUGAGUUACACUUCGACGAUAUUCCCGAGAGCGAACUGGAAUAUAUUUUGAAAGAACGUUCCCAAAUCGCGCCAUCUUUCUGCACAAAAAUCGUCUCGGUCUACCGCAAAUUGUCAUUGCUACGUCAAUCGAACAGGCUAUUUGAGCAGAAGAACAGCUUUGCUACACUUCGUGAUCUCUUUCGAUGGGCCUUGCGUGAUGCCGAUGAUAAAGAACAACUAGCAAUCAAUGGCUUCAUGCUCCUUGCUGAGCGUGUGCGCAACCCUCAGGAAAAGGAUGCCGUCAAGAAGGUCAUUGAAGAGGUGAUGAGGGUUCGGCUGGACGAGGAUGUACUCUACAGCUCUAAUCAGCUAGAGCAAAAUGUUCCCCAGAUGAGUGAGCUGCCUACUGGAAUUGUGUGGACUAAGGCCAUGAGACGUCUCUUUGUUCUGGUAUCCAAAGCAAUCAAAAACAAUGAGCCAGUUCUUCUCGUUGGUGAAACUGGAUGUGGUAAAACUCAACUUUGCCAGGCUGUUGCAGAAGCUUUCAAGACAGACCUAUUCAUCGUUAAUGCCCAUGUGAAUUUGGAGACUGGUGAUCUUAUUGGUGCGCAAAGACCAAUUCGAAAUCGAGCAGCGAUCGAGAAACAACUGUCUGAUGAUCUACGCCUUCUGAUCCAUGGAGACGAACCUGCCUCUUCGUCAAUUGAUCACUUGAAGGAGGAAUUCUCAGCAUUGACUUCUGAACAACGCCAGGAGAAAGAUCAAACCAUCUUGCACAGAGUUCAGAAAAACAUGAUAAGAUGCAAUGCCCUGUUUGAAUGGUCUGAUGGCAGCCUCAUCACAGCAAUGAAGACUGGUCAAUUUUUCCUUCUCGACGAAAUUUCUCUUGCAGAUGAUUCUGUUUUGGAGCGACUCAACAGUGUUCUGGAGCCUGCUCGAUCGAUUCUGUUAGCAGAGAAAGGUCCAGUUGAUUCUAUGGUUGUUGCAGAUGGUGGUUUCCAAUUCUUAUCUACUAUGAACCCCGGUGGUGACUAUGGCAAGCGCGAGCUCUCCGCCGCCCUUCGCAACCGUAUGACUGAAAUCUGGGCUCCACAGCUUUCCGAAGAUGAAGAUAUCCUGCCGAUCUUACAAAUGAAACUAAAUUUGAAGGACGAGCGAAUUGCAAAAGCAAUGCUGCAAUUUGCGAAAUGGUUCAAGAUUACAUUUCAAAACACUUCAACCACCUCUCUUUCUCUUCGUGAUCUGCUCGCGUGGGUUGACUUCGUGAAUACCUAUGAAACCCCCGAUCAUUUUUUCGCCAUCAUCCAAGGUGCUGCUAUGGUUUUUGUUGAUACCCUUGGUGCCAACCCAGCCGCGAUGCUUGCUAUUUCAUUGAACAAUCUCGAUGGCAACCGCCAAAAGUGUCUUGAUAAGUUGAGCGAAUUGUUCAACGUCAACGCUUCGACAAUUUACUGGGAGUCCUCCACUGUCACACUCGAACCUGGAUGCUUGAAGGUUGGCCCAUUCUCCUUGCCAAUCACUGGCGAGACCGAUCCUGACCCCCAAUUCACCAUGGAUGCACCAACAACAAUUGCAAACUCCGUUAGAAUUGCUCGUGGUCUCCAGUCGUCAAAGCCAAUCCUCAUGGAAGGAAGCCCAGGUGUGGGUAAAACUACGCUUGUGACUGCCCUUGCCAAAGCUCUUGGUAAACCCCUCACUCGUAUCAACCUAUCCGAGCAGACGGAUCUUACAGAUCUAUUUGGUUCUGAUGUUCCCGUGGAAGGAGGAGAUGUUGGUCAAUUCGCAUGGCGCGAUGCUCCCUUCUUACGAGCCAUGCAGCGCGGCGAUUGGGUUCUACUGGAUGAAAUGAAUUUGGCGUCACAGUCCGUUUUGGAAGGUCUCAACUCUUGUUUGGAUCAUCGACAGCAAGUCUAUAUUGCGGAGCUCGAUCAAACAUUCAAACGAAACCCCAACUUUGUUUUGUUCGCAGCACAAAACCCCCAUCAUCAAGGUGGUGGACGAAAGGGACUUCCUGCAUCAUUUGUCAAUCGUUUUACUGUCGUCUAUGCCGAUAGCUUCACAGAUGCCGACUUGAAAAAGAUUUGUUCGAGCCUUUUCCCUGGAAGCCCGUCUAUCCAAACAGACCGACUGGUCGACUUCGUUUCAAGACUAAACAAAGCAAUCGUUACUGAUCGUCGAUUGGGAGCCAUUGGUGGACCCUGGGAAGUCAAUUUACGUGACAUUCAACGCUGGCUUCAGCUGGCGGAUCGAGGUAACCUGCAAAUUCAGACCAAGCACUUCCUGGAUAUCAUCAUUAGCCAGCGCUUCCGGAGUGAGGAUGACCGAACUUUGGUGUCACAAAUCUACGAUUCCUUAUUCACUGACUGCGAAAUCGGCCAAAAGAGCUAUUUCCACAAUCUGACUCCUGAGUACCUUCAGGUCGGUCUUGGAAUCUUGAAUCGAGAUCACCUUCUCCAGCCUUCUGUCGAGCCUUCGAUGAAUAUCUUGCCACGAGAUCUCCAUAUUAUGGAAUCCCUCAUCCUGUGCAUAGACAACUCUUGGCCCACCAUUCUGGUUGGUGCUGCCGGGUGUGGUAAGACCACAAUGAUCCGAAAACUUGCUGCUAUCAAUGGCGCCAAUUUGGAAGAGCUUGCACUUAGUGCAGACACUGACACCAUGGACUUGAUUGGUGGGUUCGAACAAAUUGAUCAUCGUCGAGAAGUCUCCUCCUUUGUGCAUGAUGUUGGGGUGUUUUUGCGCCAUCAUAUCAUUCAUUCUUUCGCAUCAGGAGAUGUCUCGGAUGCUGUUGGAUCGGCACUCCAGAUUUGUCAACACUUUCAAACGACAGAGACUUCAUUAGAGACCGUAAUUUCAUCGCUCUCAGAUCUUUGCCAAUCGUAUCCCGACGAAACUCUACAAGGAUUCCUGCAAAGAGCUCAAAAGCUAUGGGAUACAAUUAACCAGACCGACAAGAUGAAAGUUGGAUUUGAAUGGACCGAGGGUGUUCUUACGCAAGCUGUGCAAAAUGGGUCUUGGGUAAUUCUCGACAAUGCCAAUCUUUGCAACCCGUCUGUUCUCGACAGGCUGAACUCUUUGACUGAGCCGAAUGGUACUUUGAUUCUCAACGAGCAACGAACUGAGGACGGAUCCGCGCGCAUUAUUACGCCCCACCCUAAUUUCCGCAUUUUCUUAACAAUGGACCCUCGCCAUGGCGAGCUGUCGCGUGCUAUGCGAAACAGAUGUGUUGAAAUAUGUUUCAUGGCCAAUGAGAUGCAGGAGACUCCAGCUAUCGUUGGGCCGUCCUAUACAUGCGAAUCCUCUUUGUACAGACUUCGUCACAUUUGGAACCUGGAUACCACCUUUCAAUCUGCACCUUUGAGCGGAUUGUUCAAUGCUUGUCUUGAUCAUCUCUCUCCAAAAGAUCUUGCCAACCUACAAAGGUCACCUGACGUCCACCUUCCUUACACUCGUAAUACCGAUCUCAGUCGCUUUGCGUCCAACACUGUGCAACACUACCAGUCUGUUCUGCACGAGAAGGACAGCUGGAAGGCGCUUGAUGCCAUUGCCGGCGAAAUCAUUAUGGCUGGCGCAUCACUAAGCCUGCAAGGCCCCUCCCAGCCCAUUAACAUAUUGACCAAUGAACCACUCAUUUCGGUCACAGGAGAUGGCAAUUAUCGCUCAAACCUCGUCAUUAUUGCCUGCCUUGAAGAAUUCAAACUCGAUGUUCAUCGUCUCCGUCAAAGCUUAGUUGAGGCAAACGAGGCUGGGAAGAAGCUUAAGCCAAGUGAAAUGACAAUACUUGAGCGGUCCCUGGCAUCAACUCGGAUACCCUCAUUGAUGAAAGAUACCACACAGCCCGUCGGUCAUUUCCUCAUGGAUUGUGGCCAAGCUUUGUAUGAUUUCAUUCAAGGGCUUGAUGAAACAAGUCUUCAAUCUGCCGAUCUCAUUACUGCACUACGCACCAUUGUCUACCUGUGCUGGGAUAUUUACCGUGUAGCUGAUGUGGACCGAGUCGCUGAAGGCGAGUUCCAAGUUUACCUGGAAGUUGGCAGAAACGUCUGCGCCUCCCUACUGAAUGCUUCACCCUUGUUGAAGCAACUAGAGCCGCCUCUUUCUCGCGCGCUGUCUCGUUUCCAAGCUGGCUGGGCUCUGACGACUGGCUUGAGCAUGCAGCGGAUGUGGGAUACGUGGCGACAUGUAACACCCACUUCUCAAGCUCAACUCAAUUCUCUCAUAGAAUUGGAGCGCACCGUGUCUGAUUUUACUGCCCUUGCAUUGCAAACGAGAGUCGAACUCUCUCAAUUGAGGACUGUUUGGGAUUCUCUGCUUAAUGCACAAAAGUUCAUGCUAUUGGAGGGUGCCGAUGGAACAGCUCUUGUGGAAAGUCUCAAACAAACUGUGACUGAACUUGGUCAAGCAGUUCGACGUUCUGAUUCCCCUCAAUACCCUUACUUUACAGAAUCUUUUGAGGCACUUUGUCAGUAUCGCGAUAUUUCCUCGAGCAUCGACCAAGAUAAGCGGGACCCAGAACUGCAAACUGUUAUUUCACUUCUCGCAGGACGUCCAGCUCGCGCACUGCAUUCUUCGAUUGGGAAGAACCGAGUUCCGGAAAUCCUCGACAGACUCGCGCUAUUUACUGGUGCUACAGACUCACUUCGCUCCCCUCUUGCCAUGGGUGGUGUAUUGUCUUUAUCCUUAUUAGACAAGCUGACUUCUGUCGGAACUACUACUUUGGGCCAAAUGGAUUUACUCAAAGCUGAAAAACAAGCAUUGUCAAAGUCGCUUUCUUUGAGCAGUCAACGGAUAGCCGAGGAUCAGUUGCAAAAUUUCCAGCAUGUACUUUCCCAGUUGACGAUCGAGUUCAUUUGCUGCCACGAAGAGUUCUUUGAGCCCAACUCAUACACAAAUUUGGUCACUGUUUUGCAGGCCUUGGCACAAGGGGGGGAUGGCGCGAGUCAGUUAGCUUCUGUUCCAGUUAUUCUUCAAGAUAACAUUGCAGAGAACCAUUUCUUCCGAAACCUGGCGGGCCAUGCACUCCCUGUCCUGUUCCAAUCUUUGGCCUUGGUUGCAGCAGCCAGCGAAAGAAAUGUCGGCAUUGAGAAAAAGACGCAGAGGUUGAGCUUCGCCGCAACCCAACUGGCUGUUAUUCUACUCCGCUCAUUUGUUCCUGAUAAGGUCUUCGACCCAUCACUUGGUCUCGUUGUUCAACGCAAACGACACUAUCAACGCCUAGAUGAGUUCAAAGCGAAAUCAGAAUCCCUUUUGUCAUUCGAGGCAACCUUCUCUGGCCAGCCAUCCAAUCUACGGUCUUUGAUUCUUGAAGAGCAAACACAGGCCUUGGGAUCUGCUCCACCUCCAACCUCUGUCACUCGCCCCGAAAAGUCUGAGCUCAGCCUGUUGCACGGCGAAUUUUCAAACUUGAUAAACUCCGUCCUUAAUCGCCACCCCGAGCAACUUGUCAAUUCUCCUGAAAGUUCAACGAGGACGAACGAAAUGAUUCAACUUAUGCGCGAUAAUAUCCAACAGCUCAGUAGUAGACUCAGCACACAUUACAGAUCAUACGAUGAUAUCACCGUCCCUGUUGUUCGCUUCCUCCAGUUACUUGACACCGGACUUUUCUUGAACUCUGCCCAUGGCAAUGAGACUGAUUGCCUUAAAGAUAUUCAGUACUUGAGUUCCCGGACCCCCUUCUUGGGUGGAUCUAUCCAUCCGGCCUUUGGAGCAUCGACUGGCCCCGAGAGCAAUACCAACAAGUCAGCAAGUUCUAGUGAAUUGAUUGAAAUGCGCCUCCACGAGCUAUCAUCACUCUGGGCUGCCACUGAUGCCGAUUCGAACAUCCUUGAAUUGCCGUCAGGUCGUGAUACGAUUCGCCGUGUGUUUGCUGAUUUCCACCACCUCUGGAAAACGAGACUUCGAGAGGACCAAGAGAAAGAAGCAGAGAAGUCGGAAUUGUACCGCUACCGAGGCUCUUGGGAAGAUGAAGAAGAAGUCAACGAAACUGAUCUCAAGGAACUAUUCCCGACGUUUGAGGAAGAAAGCUUGCCAAAUCCAGAAGAUGUUGGCGGCAUUGAUCCGAGAGAGAUUGCCUCUAGACUUGCUUCUUUGCAUGCGAAGAUUGUCAACGGCCGUGGAAAUGGAAAUGCACUAGCAACGCUUGUCAAGCAGACCGGUCAUCUCUUGGGCUCCAUGUGGAUCAAGAGCAACGCGGACUUCGCUCCAGUUGUGCCACAGAAUCACCUCCCUGCCGUCCUUCUGAUCCUCAAUGACGUUGUUGGCGAGGAAUCCCAGGAUCGCCAGAAGAAUUACAAUUUCUAUACCGAUUCCAAUUUCCCUGAAGCUCGCAAGCUUGUCAACUUGACGCUGUCCGUCCAGUCACGAUUUGUUCAAAUCCAGACCGCGUGGCCAGAGCAUGCCAUUCUUCAAGAUGUGAUUUCUUUCUGCUCUGAAAUACUUCAAUUCAAGCACACAGAGCCUGUUGCCAAGUUCCUGACCAAGCUCGAGAAGCUCCAUUCCCUUGUUCAUGAAUGGCAGCUUGUUGCUAGUCGAGAGUACUCUGCCGCUCCGCUCUAUGACGAGAUAACGAACACUACUGUUAGCUGGCGUCGACUAGAACUUACCACAUGGGCGAAGCUGUUGGACAUCGAGAAAGAGCGUUGCGAAGAAGAUGUUAACGCAUGGUGGUUUGUUGCCUACGAAUCCCUCUUGGCUGUACCUCUUCAAAUGGCACAGUCUGGCGAUCACGAUAUGAGUGAGCACAUUCACGGGCUAAUCUCGACACUUGAGCAAUUUUUCGCCUCCACAACUUUGGGCCAGUUCUCCCGCCGCCUUCAGCUUGUUACUGACUUCCGGGCGAUGCUCUUGGUUUUCGCCAAGGACUUUGCCUCCCUCAUUCCACUUGUGUCGGCGCUUAAUAACUUCCUCUCUCAUUUCCGUCCAUUUGAACCCCUAGCGGAGAAGGCUUUGCAAGAAAAGAGAUCGGUACUUGAGAAGGACAUUAAAGAGCAGAUACAGCUGGCUAGUUGGAAAGACACCAAUAUCGUUGCUCUCAAGGAGAGUGCAAGGAGAUCACACGUGAAGCUAUUCAAGCUAGUUAGGAAGUACCGCGCAGCUCUUUCUCAGCCCCUUCAACCAAUUCUUGAACAAGGACUUGCCGACACUACUGGAGAAAACGAAGCUUUCCAGACUGAGGAAAAGACUGUGGCAACGAUAGUCUUCCCCGAAGCUUUGAAAUCCUGCCAGGAAAUUGCAACAUGGUCUGGAAGGCCGCUGAGAUUCCAGAAUCCCGAUGGAACAGCUCGUAACAUGAUGAAUUUGUACUUCUCACUGCCGUCUGAAUUUGACAUCUCGAAAGAUCUUGAUGAGUUCACAGUGUCGAUCAUUGAAAGCAUUAAUGAUUUCAAGUCUUCAACCCCCAAGACUUUGACUGAAGACAACAAAGAGGACAUUCAGCAUCUAAAGGUUCAGAAACGCCGUCUGUUUGCCGAGACUUUGAAGACUGUAUUUGAGAUGGGUGUGAAGCGGAAUGCCGGAGCUCAAUUGAUGGAAACCCAACUGUCACUUGCCCAGGUUCUUGCUACCAGCGCUCCUUUCGAGCUUGGUUCUUCAGCGUCUAACUCCUUAUCAAGCGCUGAUUCGUAUUUCCAUCGCCUCUUGGAUCUUAUGCCUCGUGCUCGCUUGGCCUCUCGAACCUACUCCGACGAAUUGACCAAUGUUGAAGUUUCCAGAAGUAUUGGUUCCGUUGAGCAUUUGCUGUUUAUGGUUCGACGACAAAGAGGCAUCCUCUCUCCCGCGCUCUCUAACUUGGGAGAUUUCAAGACAACUAUUAACAAGAUGGAGAGCCUUUGGACAGUUGGCUCUACUACCCUCACCCAAGUCAAUCAAACUGUUUUGGAUGAACGGCCCACGGUGACCAGGACUGUGGCUUGGUUGAUUCCUAUCCUAAGCCUCGCUUCCGAAGUUGUUGAUAUCCAUUCCAAAUUCUCGGGUUUGGAUGCUUCUACUGUGUCUCAAGAACUUCGUGCCAAAAAGACAAGUUUUGAAGGGCUACGGAAAUCUUUUGAUUUGAUUCCUACGCUGCCCUCUGGCAUCAUAUCUCGAAAGCAACAAGAACUUACUAACAACGCGCAGCAAUCUCUACGCGAGCUCUCAACUUACAUCGUGGAGCUUGAUGAACGCCGCCCAGAGCUGUCAUUUGUUCUAGCGCAAAUCAAUAACUGGACAGAACUUCCCGCUCAGGACUUGGCAUCUCAACACGCCACCGGCAAGCCCGCCUCCCUUGAACAAUUCGAUGCGAGCCUGCUUGGAGCCAUGGACAAGAUGUUAGUCGGCCUCCAGCAAUUGAAGGAAGUUCCUACUUCUAUUGAUUUCAGCGGCCUACUUUCGCGAAGCGAUGAAUUCUUCUCUCGCGCAUGUAAAGCUCUCCACGUCGACAGAAUCACUGCUUCCCUUGAUGCCGUCUUGAGCCAAAUCCACCUGUUUGGUGACAGCAAUGGCCUUGCACAAGCUGCUGCUCUCGUGGCUAGCAUCCUGCCUAUUGCCAGCAGAUACUACGAAAUUUGCAAGGCAGUUUUCAACCGUUUCAUCACUGUUCAUCGCGAGCUCUGCAAAACUUCCUAUGUUCUGACAAAGACCUUCACUCAGGUCGCGUCAGAAGGUUUCUGCAGUCCGGCAGAAGCGUCUCAAGAUCAAGGCCAGGAAGGAAAGAUGGAGAGUGGCACUGGUCUCGGUGAUGGUGAAGGUGCCGAAGAUAUUAGCAAGGAUGUCGGAGAUGAUGAAGACCUUUCAGAACUGGCACAACAGCAACAAAAGGAAGAUGCCAAUGAAGAGAUGGAUGACUCUGCUGAUGCUGUGAAUAUGGAUCAAGAAGAACUGAAUGCGGAGUCUGGUGAACACAAAGAGGAGGAAGGUGACGAGGAAGACAAAGAAGACGAUGGCGAUGAGGAAGAAAACAAUCUCGAUGAGGAGGUUGGAAGUGUUGAUGGUCUUGACGAUGGUGCUGUUGAUGAAAAACUUUGGGAUGGUGCCAAUGACGACCAACAGAAAGAGACCGAGAAUGAAGAAGGAAAGGGCCAAGAAGAGGCUGAUGAACAAGCUGCAGCUCAGGAGCAAAAGAAAGAAGCCGAAGAAGGCCAAAAAGGAGAGGAGGAAGAUGAUGAUGAAGAAGAGGAAGAGGAGGAUGAAGAAGAAGCGCCCGAUGAUGAAGGCGAAGCAGUUGGUCGUGAAGAUAUGGACGUGACUGAUCCCCAAGCCAAGGAAGAGGAGACUUUGGAUCUGCCUGAAGAAAUGCAACUUGAUGGUGAUGAUAAGGAGGGUGGUGACGAUGAAGGCGAAGAUGAUGGCAUGGAUGACAUGGAUGAUAUGGGCCCUCUCCCUGAAGAAGAGAUGGGCGAUGAGAAGGAUGAUCAACCCGGCGAAGAAGAUGCAGACAUGGCGCCCGAGGACCAGGCCCCUGGUGAAGAUGAAGAAAUGGGCGAGGAUACCAACGAAGCUGAAGCCAAUGGAGAGGAAGAGGAGGAUCAAGCCGGUGGAGAGGAGCCAGAAGAGCCCCAGCAGGAUGAAUUCCUUGCCCAACGUGACGAAAAUGAAGCCACUGGUGAGGAUGUUGCUCCCAGUGAAGCUGUCACUGGGGGUCAAGGUGCCGAUCAAGAUCAAAAUGAAGAUAAGGGAAAUUCCGGAGAUGCACAACAAGAGGAGGGUUCCAAUGAUCCAACCGCCAGCGCCGAGGAGCAAACUGGCGCAGCCAAGGAUAGUGAAGAAAGCCAAAGGAGUCGCGACGCCGGUGGUGCCGAAGACAGCGCCCCCAAUGAGCCCCAAAUUGAGGCCUUCAAGAAACUUGGAGAUAUCCUCGAGCAGUGGCACCGUCGCCAAAAAGAGAUUUUGAAGCCAUCGCAAGAGGAAGAGGAUGAUUCGCAGCCUUUGCCCCAAGAUACCGACAUGGCAGAUGCUGACUUCGAGCACCUUAAGAAUGAAGAAGAUGAGGCCGACACCCAGGCUCUCGGACAAGCCGACGAAGAACAAACCCAGACACUCGAUCAAAACAAGGCUGUUGAGUCUGACAUGAGGCCUGGUGAGAACGAUAUUCUUCCCGACUCGACCGAGGAACAAGAUGCCCUCGACAACCAACUUCAAGAGGAGAUGGAAAUAGAUCGUGAUUUUGUCCCGACUGAAGGCCAAUCUGCCGGUGCUUUCAUUCCCAGCGAUCAUAUGGCUGGCGACAACGCAGAUGGAACUACAGGAGCCGAAGACAUCAACGAGCAAAUAGAUGAAGUGGAUACCCAACUCGCGGCUAUUCAUUUGUCGUCUUCGCUUCCUCCAUUGACCCCCGAACAUGAAGCACGUCGCCUUUGGUCUCAAUAUGAAUCCGCUACCAAUGACCUUUCUCUCUCACUUACUGAACAAUUGCGUCUCAUUCUUGCACCGACAAUGGCCACAAAGCUACGUGGUGACUUCCGUACCGGAAAGCGUCUGAACAUCAAACGAAUCAUUCCUUACAUCGCCUCCCAGUACAAGCGUGACAAGAUUUGGAUGCGCCGAUCAAUCCCCUCCAAGCGUAACUAUCAAAUCAUGCUUGCCGUCGAUGACAGUAAAUCCAUGCUGGGAAGUGGCAGUGGUCAGCUUGCCUUCCAGACACUUGCCCUCGUGGCAAAGAGUCUUAGCAUGCUUGAGGCUGGUGAUCUCUGUGUUCUUGGCUUUGGUGAUGAAGACCACGUCCGCGUCGCCCAUGAAUUUGGCAAACCUUUCUCCUCUGAGGCCGGUAGCCAAGUUUUCCAGCAUUUCAGCUACCAGCAAACUGGCACAAAUGUACGAAAGCUCAUCGCCGACUCUAUCGCUCUUUUCCGCGAGGCUCGCUGGAAGCGCUCCCCUGGCUCUGGAUCUGCCGACCUUUGGCAGCUCGAGUUGAUUAUUUCCGAUGGUAUCUGCGAGGAUCAUGAAACUAUUCGCCGUCUUGUGCGCCAAGCUCUUGAGGAACGUAUCAUGAUUGUUUUCAUUAUCGUCGAUGCUGUCAAGGGAAGCUCUAUUCUUGACCUUUCUCAAGCUAGCUUCGAGGCCGAUCCUGGUUCUGGUGGCGAAAUGAAGUUGAAGAUGAAGCGUUAUCUUGAAGGUUUCCCCUUCCCCUACUACUUGGUUGUCCGCGAUGUCCGUGAACUGCCUUCCGUUUUGGCUACUGCUCUAAAGCAAUGGUUUGCUGAAGUUGUUGAUGUCUCAUCCUGA